UUGUGAACUCUCAACCCGGUGGUCGGGAAAUGUCAAAGAGAGGCCCGUGCUGCAGUAGGGGGCGUAAAGGGGAAAAAACAAAAACAGUUUAUUGCUUUAUUUUCACGUAAUUGAUUUUCCUUUCUUAUUAAGCAAGUGUCAUAUCCAAUAGCAUCAGAAACUGAAUCCUAGCAGACCAACUCUCGCAGCCGCCGUUGACAACAAUUUGCAGCCUUGAUCGUUCCCGAUUCGUAUAGCCAGCCUAACAAUCCUUGCCAAACAUGAGGGAGAAAAUACUGCUCCUGUUGAAGAUUUCCAUCAAACCUACUAGCUCUCUCUCAACCAUGACACCCAGCAGAGGACUCUGGGAUUGAUGCUGGGAUCACUCCCACUGAUGGCCUGGACUGGGUUUCAGCUGUCCUGCUGAAGCUAUGGGGAGCUGUUGGAGCUGUCUAUACAGAGACCCCAUCCAAGACAACCAUCUCACCAAAUUCAAGGUAACCAAUGUGGAUGACGAGGGGAAUGAGUUGGGCUCUGGGACCAUGGAGCUCACCGAGACCGAGCUCAUCCUGCACACGCGCAAGAGGGAUGCCAUCCGGUGGCCCUACCUGUGUCUGCGGCGCUACGGCUACGACUCCAACCUCUUCUCAUUCGAGAGUGGCCGGCGCUGCCAGACUGGACAGGGAAUCUUUGCGUUUAAAUGUUCUCGUGCGGAGGAGAUCUUUAACCUCCUCCAGGAGCUGAUGCAGUGCAACAGUAUCAAUGUGGUGGAGGAGCCUAUGAUCAUGACCGGCAGCGGACACGCACGAGAGAUAGACAUGCCUCGCACCCCACAGACACCCAACACUCCAGCAUUCCCUGUCCAGGGUUUUCCCAACGGGUACCCAGGGUAUCCCAUGAGAGCUGAAUCCUCCCAGCCCUCUCUAACUGACGACCCCCACGGCCACAGCCACAUGGGCCUGGAGGACCAGGCUCACACCUAUGUGAAUACCGUUACUGUGGAUGGGGAACUCUCCAGUCGACACUGUGUACACUCCCUACCCGAGGUGCGGCCCACUUCCUUCCCCGAGUCAACCCGGGGAGCCAUGCCUGUCGUGGUCCCUGGAGGUGGGCAGACCAGCAUGCACUGUUGUCCCCUCGAGGAACAACGCAAGGAACCCCAGGUAUUCCUUCAGCCUUCCUCUCAGGAGGUCAAAUUCAUGCUGGGACCCACCCCUGCACAGCGCCACCUGCUGGAGAGAGAGAGAGAGAGGCACGGGGGCCACAAUCCACACGCCAUGCGGCCUGUAGAGGGCGCCACAGGUUCAGAGACAGAGGGGGACGAGCCUCCUCUGCACGUGUACAACUCCCACUCCUAUCACCACCCUCACUACCACCACGUGAUGCACCGGCACCCUGGCCACGAACACCAGGAGGGCUGCCAGCUCACCUACGAGAAUAUCAACGGCCUGAGGGGGGGCCGCAGGCUGAGACUUAGCCCCAGCAGCAUGUCCCAGUCUGUGGGCUCCAGCAGCAGCAGCAGUACCACCGGAGACAGUCACUCUCACCCACAAUCACAUCCCCUCAACCCGCAGCCCCAUGGCCCAUCUUCUCUGCCCCACCAGGGGUACCCCUGUGAGCGGGGCGCGGGGAUGGGCGGUAGUCACCGGCGGACAGCUCUGCUCAACUACGAGAACCUGCCGUCACUGCCCCCGGUGUGGGAGUACCGUGCCCUGCAGAGAGACGAGGAGCAGGACGAGGAUGACGAGGAGCAGGAUGAGGAGGAGUACGAGGAAGAGGAGGAGGACUUUGAAGAGUACGAGUUUUCGGAGGGUCCGGGGACGCCCAACGGGUACCACCAGGAAGGGCUUGGGAGGGGGGUGAUCCACCGUGACGCCCUGCAGAACUAUGUCAACACAGAGCAGGUCCAGGUUCAGGUCCAGCCCAGCCGGCUGCGACAUGCCUGCCCCCCUCAACCCCAGCACCUCCAGCCCUGCCACCGCCAGCCGGACCGGGGCGGCCGAAUAUUCAGCUUUGAUUUCCGUAGGCGGCCUGGAGGAGGGUUUGGUCGGGGGGAGGGCUGCGAGCAUGGUCACAUGCCCCCGUCGAGGCAGCUUAACUAUAUCCAGGUGGACCUCGAUGCGGAGCCGCCGUGCCAGACCCUCGGGGGGGGUGGAGGAGGGGGAGCCCAGUCUCAGCCCCAGCCACAGCACCAGCGCCUACCACCCCUCAAAUGUGGCCCCCAGCAGGCCCCACGGCGCAGUGAGUUCUACGCUGUGAUUGACCUGAAGAAGACAGCAGCCAUGUCCAACCUGCAGAAAGCCCUCCCCCGGGACGAUGGGACAUCGAGAAAGACUCGCCACAACAGCACAGACCUGCCUCUGUAGAUGCAGUGAGGAGGAGGAGAGAUGGAGAAAGAUGAAGGGAGGGAGUAGAGAGAGAGAGAGAGAAACAGGUUUGGUUGGAGCGCUUGGCUGGACAGACAGGUAUAGGCAACUCAGCAGCACACUGGACCCCUCACUCUCAUCCAGCCGCCUGUUCUGUCCUGUCCUGGCCAGCUGGAUCAUAUACAGGUACCUAAUUAGAAAACGAACUAAAACUUAUCUGUGCAUAUUCCACUUUAUGGAGCAAGAUUGGUUUGAAGUUGCCAUAUUAUUGUGGGUCACCUUCUGACUGUGGUGAGAUGCUAUCUGAGUUAGCAGCAGAAACCUUGGUCGUGGUUGGCGGGGUUUAUGGUUAAACCCUUAAGCUACUGUUGUUUUUGGUUAUACCUUUUGGCAAUGUUCUUUUUUUUUAAAGCUUUGUGGUGGUUGCGUUGAGUGCCAAGGCCCCGGGUUUGGUUCAGGGUGGGAGCAGGAAUGGACGAGUCAGGUCUCCAACUUUGUGUUUGACCAGUGAUGGUUGAUUUUUAGAUGUAAGAGUAUUGCCCAUCAUAAAGUAGCUAGGUUCCUCAUUCCGUUAUCAUUCAGUGUUGUUUUAUUUAUUUUACAUCCCCGUUUACGAAAAUGGGCUCCUAUUGAGUUCAGGUUUACUGGUCUACAUUGUAAAAUUGACUGAACAUUUUCUGACAUGAAAACAGUUUGUUAUUCCCUCAAUUGAAUUAUAAUAAUGUGCAUUCUUCACCUCACAAGCACUUUUUGACCCCGUGACUGAUAGAAAGGACAGUUGAUGAUAUUUAUUUUUAACUAUCUGCCCUCAGGAAUUAGUACAGAUCAGUACAGUUUGCACAUUAUCCUUUGGAAUUGUAAUCUUACAUCAUAUCCAGUAUUAUAUUUUUAGUCCCCCCAAAAAAAGACCCCAAAGCAGAAAAAAAUGUUGGAAUAGAUUUUCUCUCUUAAUCCAAUAUUAAAUAUCAUACAUUUUUCAUGUUGAAAUUGAAUCUAAAAUGGAAAUAAUAGUAACCUUGAUAGCAUGAAACAGUCAGUGUGUUGAUAGAUUUCCAACAUCUGCGCGCGUGCGCACACACACACACACACACACACACACACACACGCACUACAUAACUAUUGAGACGAUUGAAUUAAUCUCUGACUGCAUAUCAUUCCACUUGAAUAGGAAUCCAUAUCUAAUUCCUAAACUAUGGUUACCUUUGCACUUUUUACCUUUGAAGUCCCCACAGUUCCGAAUCCCUCAUCUGGAGCAACAGAAAGGUUGUGAUCUGACAAACUCCUUCGAGAUGGUGAUGUCAUCACACAGACCCAAAUAUUGUAUGGAUGUAGUUUUUUUUUAACAUUAUAGAGACCUAUAGCAACUUACAUUUUUUUUAGAGAAGAAGUUGAUAACCUGUGAUAAUGGCUAAAAGAUAUUAAUAAUAACCUCAUAUAAAAAUGACCGGUUGACUAUUUUAGUAAGUAUCAGAUUGAUAACUGAGGGUUGUCAACUGAGGGUCUGUUUUAAAGGGAAAUAUAUCAGUAUGUUUAAUGUUAACUGUUUAUGGAAAGUCUUAUAUCAUUGAGCGUUUGGCUGAGGAUAUUUAUUUAUUUAUUUAUUCAUUGAGAUGUCUAUAUGGUUAUUGUUUUGCAUAAAAAUGUGACAAACAGUUUUUCGUAAUCUAGCCAGUUGGUGAUUUGGAGACCAAAGUAUCACCAGUCAUCGUCACACUGUCUGGGACACCAUUGUAAUACCAUUGUUAUGCCUGUAAUUAAUAACCUUACGUUCUGAAGAAGAAAGACUGUAUUAAUAUAUUAAAGUGCCAAAUCUUUACUGUUACCUGUAUGAACGUAAUGAAUCAAAUCAAUGUGCCAUUAGGAUGUGUAAUAGAAAACCUGAGGGCUAAGAGGCAAGGAGUUAGCCUACAUGUCAAAAACAAAGGGAAGAGCUUGGAGGUCUAGGGCCGUAUGUAUCACGAGUAGGAGUGCUGAUCUCGGAUCAGGUCUCCCCUGUCCAUGUGAUCGUAUUCAUUAUGAUCGAAAAAGGCAAGAACAUUCCCACUCUGAGACUCUUGAUACAUACUGAACAGGGUCAGGGUUUAUAUAUUGUUAACCCUUUGUACUCCUCAUGAAUCUGUCUAGCUGAUCCAGGUCAACCGGACAAGGAAGGGCAAGAAAGACACAUUUCACCUCAUAGGCUAGGCUAUACAUUGACAGCCAUAUCGGAGUGAGACAACGGAUUCGUUAUAUCUAUCUAGUCUUCACAACUCCAGUGGUUUUAUGCUGCUAUAAGGUAGAAGUUCAGACAGUAAGAGGAGGGAGGGAUGGUAGUGGCUAUGCAUGAUUGUUUAACAUAUUGUUUAGUAAAUGGAACUACCAUUUUCGUAUUCACUCAAGAUCACUGCAUCAGGGCUACCAGUAUGAAAAUGUGUUUUAAUUCAAAUAAGUUUUAAUUUCUCAUUUCUAUUUCUUAUUUCUCUUGGAUUGGUGUGAUCAAUCCACAUACCAAACCUUGUUUUCAUUACAAUCUGGCUGUCUAAUCUGAAGUAAUGUGGCUGAAGGUGCAGCACAGGCCUAGCAACUGUAAUCCUCAUAACUGCUUAUUUAAUCUGAUGGAAAGAUCUAGGUAGGUCUACUCACUGUUUGUGGACAUUUUUCAAACAGGGAUAUAUCAGUUUGCACACAUAUAUUUUCGUGAUACAUUUAAAGGGUGUUUACAUUUCGCAAUAAUGGUUUAAUAGAGAUGUAUUGUUGGAGAUGAGGUUUAUUCAGACCAAUGUGUGUGAGGUUCGAGGUGCGUUGUUAAUGGUUCCACAGGUCUGUUGUAUUUGAUCCCCUGUUUUUAUGUGAAUCAGCAUUGGAACUAAGACCUCUCUCAGGCCCCCUGUUGACAAUAUUAUAACUUUGUUAUUGUAUACAUGCUUAGAUUAGAACGUGAAAAAAAUGUAUGUUUCUGUUUUCUUGAUUGUCUUAUACAGCAAAUUUGCGCUUACUCAACACCUGACUUAAUUGUGCCAUAAGUGACUGUUGCCAAGCUUUCUGGACAGCGUGUGGCUUUCGAAUGUCAAAGCCUUUUAAAGGGCCAGGUUAGGUGUCAGAAGGCAUACGGCAAACAUCUGUGUACUGUGUUUGCACUGAUACAGUGGUUCGGACUGUUUCUAAUGGUUUGACAGUCUGUAUAUUCAUUAGUCAGUCAUUGUUAUCAAUUUGGUGACACUUAAUUGUAAAGGUACACAGGAAUAGUACCUUAAAAUGUGUUCCUUAUACUAAAGUGUUACCAGAAAUAUUGUCCAGAAAUGACUUUUUGGGAACCGUAUCUUGUCACAUCAAUGUUGUCAUUUUGAUUUUCCUUGAAAAGCGAGAAAAUAUUAACAAUGAAGGAUUGUCCGGUAACACAUGACUUAUGUUUAAAUAAUAAACCACUUAAUUGAGGCCUAAUGUAUAGCUAAUAAGACACAAUAAAGGCCUUAUGAGCUGCGUAUAUACACACUUAUAAACUACAAAUUAGUGGCCAAUAUGUGUAUCUUAAAAUAAAGUUUGACCAGAAUUUAAUUCAAACAAACAGUUUUUUACUCUUUUAUUUAACUUCAUCACAACUGCCUGACCACCACAAGGUGGCGUUUCUUGCUACAAUGCUCGGGAUGAUGGGAAAAUAAGUCAUUUUCCCUCCACAGCCCCUCAAAAUGCCACUCUAGGUCCAAAAUGCACUUAGUUCCAUAAUAUUACCAAGGUACAAACAAAGUAGCUCAACAUCUAAGGAAUGUUACAGUGAUUUGGUACUGUAUUUCAAAAUGUUUUUGUUUGUUUGUCCAUUUGUUUAUUUAUUUACCAAUGAAUGCAUGUGUAAUAUCCACUGGUGGGUGACGAUGAUGCAGACAGGGGUCCAUUAUUUUCAUUCAAUCACAUGCUGAGCUAAUGCUCUUCUAGUCCAAUAAGACCAGAGCAAUUGAAACCUGUUGAACCUGUAUGUUAAUGGUGAUAAUAAUAUGUGUUGAUUGGUUGAUAUAAAGGUUGGGUAGGCCAAAGUAAAUGACUGUGAUGUACACUAAUAUUUGACUGAGUGCCAAAUGUGGUUUAGUACUAUGACUUUGACGACAGGCCAGGGACACACCUGGCUGAGAUUCACUAGGAACUCUAUAGGACUCUCCCUGAGAGAUGCCAAUGACUCUCUCACCCUCUGGUCUUGGUUUAACCUGCGGUAUGAAUGUAAUAAGCAAAGAGAGACUAUAUAGACGAAGGGCAACUAUGCUUAAUGUUUCUAUCCUUGCUGGGGGGAAAAAAGGUGAGUGGUCAGAAGUUUUGUCUAAAUUUAAAAAUUUGCAAUCUGAGUUUCUUCUACGUAUAUUUGUAUUUAUUGUAAGUAUGUAUCUCUCUGUGUGUAUGUAU